UCUCCAUUUUGCUUUGCUAAUUGCUAUAAGCAAAAGUGAGGUUAGCUUGAGAUGUAAAAGAUUUUUAACGAAAAUGAAUUUCAUAUUUAAAAAUAUUAAACGUACUACGGUGGGAAUAUGUUUUCGCCCAAACAAUUUAUUAAAUCUCUGCAGAAGAACAACACAAGAUAUUAAAUAUUUUCACACCACAAGUAAACAGAAUAGUUUAAUGGAUUUCUUCGAUAAUAAAAAGAACUGGAACGAAACUAAUAUACGUGUUGGUAGAGCUUGGCGCUUAGAUGAAUUAAGAAUAAAAUCUAAUACAGAUUUGCAUAAAUUAUGGUACGUUUUAUUGAAAGAGAGAAAUAUGCUAUUUACUAUGGAACACGAAUGUAAUGAACAAAUACGUCUUUUUCCGAACCCCGAGAGGAUCGAUAAAGUUGAAGAAUCAAUGAAUAAUAUAGAGACUGUUAUAAGAGAAAGGAACAUUGCAUAUUAUAAAUUGGAAACUGGUGAAACAGGGGAACGUCCAGUGGAUGAUAUAGUAAACCUUUUUGGCUUACCAGAGAAAUAUCAGAAACAUGAAUACUUUAUACCAAAAUUUAUGAAUUCACGAUGGGUAAAAUCUUACUUAGAACAUGGAUAUAUUAACAGUCUUGCAGUAAAAAAAUUUUAUAGACUGUACCAAGAAAAGUUAUACAAUAUUAAAAGAAAAGAAAAGAAUAGAAAUUUCAACCAAGUUCAACAUCUUCUAAAACGUUUUCCUGAUAUGGAUAUGGAAAAAUUACAAGCGGAGUAUCCUGAAGUUGAUAUAGAGAAAGCAAAAAGGUCCAAGAAAGCUAGAGGCCAUUUCCUACCCAAAUAUUAAAAUAGCACUUUCUAAUUCAUAUUGUUUAAGUAUUUCAUAUUGUUGUAACAUAAUUAAAUUAAAUUAGCAUUGUACUUUA